CUCUAAAUUCAAUAAUAAAUUUCUUUAUAUUAUUUCACUUACAAAUUUAAAAUUUACUUAUUAUACAUGGAUCGCAUUACAGUACAUUGCAACGAUCAAAAGCAGAUCAAUGUCGCAAAAUUCGUUUUAUGUGAACAUAGCGACAGAAUAAAAUCGCUGCUACGUCCAUAUUUAAACAAAACCUCAGUGCUUCUUUACUUAACAUACUCUCCGGAUAUUUUACAACAAAUUAAAGAAUAUCUGGAAGAAGGACGAGAAAACAUAAAAUCAAUGGCUAAUGCGAUGGACAUAUUAUGCGUAAGCAAACGAUUAGGCCUGCGUACGUUAAAUAAAGUAUGUCGAGAAUUUAUGACCGAUCCGUCAAGACUUAGGGACGUGUGUUAUGUAUAUGAAUUUGCAUGUCAACUGGAUGAUUGCAGAGUAGAAUAUUUCUGCUGGAAUAUAUUAAGUUUGCAAUGGCAUGAAAUUUUCUCAUCGGACGAAUGGCUGAACUGUGAAGCAACAACCAUGGAAAGACUUGUUCGCAGGCCAAUAAAUCCAUUUAUUGAGGAAGCAGAUAUUUUCGAAGUUGUUUUAAAAUGGGCCAAGAAAAGAGUUAAUAAUGAAAAAUCUCUUAGGAAUGUCAUGGAACCAUUCCUUCCGUACAUACGAUUUUUGUCAAUGCCAGAAUGGUUUCUGGAAUCUCUGGUAUUCGUUGAACCGAUUUUAACAAACGUAGAAAGAGAUGCAAUAAGAUGUUACAUGCAAAAUAACGAUUUCGAGGAGACAUGGUUUAUUCCGGACAGUAUUUGUGCCAUUAAAUGCCCAAGAAAGCACGAAUUGCUGUCUUCCUGGUUGUCUUAUGUAAAUCGAAGUGCAUAUUAUAUAAACGUGAUAAGAAAAAUGAACACAAAUAUUCGAUUUAUAUGCGAAAUAGUUGUUAAGGAAGAUUGUUUUAUCAACGAAUUGCGUCUUCCUAUAACACAUUGCAGGGAAGAAGGAAUAACUGUAACCUUGAAUUUUUCUGUUAACUUGAUUGAAAUUUUGGAACACUAUCUCAAAAAAGCAUGUAAUACGAACGGAUAUAUUUCAUUGACCUGUCCUCUACGGAUCUUAAAGUUUAAAUUUUAUCGAUUGAUUGUUAGAAUUGUAAAGAAACACAUCACUGCAGAAAAUGACAUAAGAAUCAGUCUCUUGGAAAAUUACUACAGUCCGUUUGAAGGAAUUCAAAGUUUUGAAUAUUUGCAAUCUGGAUUGAAAUUGAAUGAUAAAUUGGAGUACAUCUGCUUUGAUGUCGUACCCGAAUUUUGAAGACGGAUACUGAAAUUCGAUUUCGUUUUUAUUAUAUAAUGCUAAAUUUUUAAACACAAAUUAUAUAUUCGAAUUUCAAAUAAUUAAAUUUAGU